GAUGCCAAUCGGCGGCCGCAAGCGCCAGGAGCUCCCGGUUCGGUUCGGCCCCGCCCCGCCCGGCGUGCUCCUCGGCAGCGCGCGCGCGUGGGGUGCCUGGCGCGCAUGCGCCGCUCGCCCUCCCGUCUCCUCAGGGUCUGUGGGGGCUCUGGAGAUGGCGGGGACGCGGCUUGAGGCGGUGGAAGGACUGGUGCGGGAGCUGCUGAGGGAGGAGGCUCCGUCCCGCAUCGCCGCCCUCACCGAGGAGCUCUUCCAGGCGGCUGGGAGUAUCGCCGAGGAGGGCAGAAGUUCCCCGGUUCUGGGAGAGCCUCAGCCCCUGGGCCCGUUACCGCUCUCCAGCCCGCCCCAAGCGAUGGGGGUUUCACGUCCUCCAUGCCACACAGCAGCGCCGGCCCAUGUUGGUGCCUGCAGCUCUUCCAGCCCUUGGGUGCCAUCUGUUGAGGUUGAAGAGGUUGCGAUAAGCCUGUGGAACUGGGCUGUGACCAAACACAUGGGUUCUGUUCUCAAUGAUGAGCAAAGAGCUAAACUAAGGUUUGUGGCUUGCAGACUGGUUUGCCUUUGUGAAGGCAGUGAUCCUCCAGAGGAAACUAUUCGAAGGCAGAUUUUGAUGUCUAUGAAAACUGGGAAAGGAUGGAUAGAUAUUGGAAAAGCUGAUCUUGCUGAUGGAUUUCUAGAGAUUGCCAUGAAUAGCAUAGAAAAACUGUAUGCAAAGUUACUUAAUGGGAGCGAUGGUGAAGCAGAUAUUUACGUGCACAAAGCUGAUGUGGAAAAGAACCUCUUCAAAGUAAUAUCUUACCAGGCUGAAUCAGCAGUUGCUCAAAGGGAUUUUGAGAAAGCAGUGACAUGUGUUCAGCGCUGCAAAGACAUGCUGAUAAAAUUGCCAAAAGAAACCUGUUACUUGUCAAUCCUCUGCUACAAUUUUGGAGUGGAAACCUAUGAAUGGAAGAGGUUUGAGCAGAGCUCCUUCUGGCUCAGCCAGAGUUAUGACAUUGGAAAGAUGAAUAUGAAAUACUCUGUUGGCAAAGAAAUGCAGGCUAAAGUGCUGCGAUUGUUAGCUACAGCCUAUUUCGAGUGGGAUUGCAAUCUGUAUCUUGAAAAGGCAUUGAAAGCUAUAAGCUUGGCAAAUCAGGAGAAUUUGCAUCCAGCAGGGCUUCUCUUGAAAGUUAAAAUUCUUCUGAAAAGUGGAGCAUCAGAUGAAGAUAUCAGUUCAGCCACUGCAGAAUUCAUGCACCAUGACUUCUCUUUAGACUUUUGUCUGAAUAUUGCCAAACUGCUGCUGGAGCACGGAAGGGAAUCAGUUGGUUUUGAUUUUCUGAAAUCUAUUCCUGAACGAUACGAAGCUUCACCUGACCUUGGAAAAAUUGCUCUACUCCACUUAGAGUUCCUGUUGCAGAAUAAGAGGGAGCUGCUUGCAAAGCAAAAGGUUGAAGACAUUAUUAUAGGUCAUUAUACUGGGAAACAACUGUUGCCUGAAGCCUUAAACCAGCUGCACAUCAUCUUAUGGGACAGAGCUGCCAAACAUUAUGAGGCAAAAAACUAUUCUGAAGCUCUUCACUGGUACAAUUAUUCAGUCAGCUUCUACAUACCUGGGCAGGUAGAUCAGAACUUGGCUAAGCUGCAGAGGAACAUAGCCUCUUGCUAUCUUCAUCUAAAACAAGUUGACAAGGCUAAAGAGGCAGUUAAAGAAGCAGAGAGGUGUGAUCCAGACAGCAUCUUCACUAAAUUCAGUGUCUAUAAGAUUGCAGUGAUGGAGAAAGAUACAGAUAAAGCUGUGGAAGCAGUUUCUGAAAUGGGGAAGUUAGCAGAAAAGCCAUCUCAAGAUGAAGACAGCCUGAAAGUGGAUGAAAGUACAGGCACUAAUCUUCUGAGUUUAGCUGCCCAAAUUGCUUUAGAGAAUGAACAACAAGUUGUGGCUAUCAAAGCUUUGGAGUAUUUGUCUGAACAUUUACAAGACUUCCAACAAUUAUUUGCAGCUUUAAAAUGUUUGGUUCGUAUUAUGUUGUCAAAGUUCAUGGCAGAAAAUGAAGAGGAUAGAGAUGAAGAUAUCAAGUCAAUGAUAACUUACUUUACCCUGGCUUGGAACUUAGCUGUACAGUUCAAAGGCUACCCUGAGAAGAUGAGAGACUUUUUUUUACUCUCUUUCAAGUUGUCCCAGUUUUGUCCUUCUGACAAAGCUGUUCUAAUUGCUCAGAAGACAUGCCUGUUAAUGGCAACUGCAGUUGAUCUGGAAAUGGGGAGACAGCAAGCAACACCUUCUGAGCAGAUGGAGCUUUUGACUCAGGCCCUUGAACAUCUCCAGGCAUGCAAGGAGAUAUGGAAAGUUCUGAAAUUGACAGGAGAUUUUGCUAAAGACCCAACAGACACAUUGUUGCUGCUUUAUGAAUUUGAAGCCAGAUCCAAACUGAAUGAUCCAACACUCUACAACCUUAUGGAGUCAGUAUGGGAGCAGCCACAAAUAGAGGUCAAGACUCUAGAAAUCAUUGCAUCAUUAGCAAUGGAAGCUCCAGCUCGAUAUCCUGUACUGUGUAAGAGAGCUCUCAGGAGUGCACUAAACCUUCACAGAAAGCAGACUGUCAUUGAUGCUGUGAAAUUUAGCAAAUGCUUAAAUAGUUUGAUUAAUCUUACUUUGCCAACUGGAUUAACCGACUUGGAUGCCUGUGUCCUGCAGGAAGUGUGGGGCUACUUUGAGGAUGCUCUUAGUGUAGUCAGCAGCACAGAUGCUUACCCAGAGAUGGAGAUCCUUUGGUUGAUGACAAGAGCCUGGAAUACAGGAAUAUUUCAGUACACCAUUGGUAAAUAUAAAGAAGCUGAGCAGUGGUGUGGCCUGGGAAUGCGUUUCCUCAGUCACUUAGGAUCUCUGAAGAAAAGCUAUGAAGGCCAUAUGAUUCGUCUUUAUAGUGAGGUUCUGGACAAAUUGGACAGAGUGAAAGUUUUUAUUCCAAAUGAAGAUGAAAAUGACAACCACAACUGCAAAAAGGAGGACAGCAGAGUCUCUUGGAAACGUUUUGCUGAAUAA